AUGGCAGGAUCAAGUGCCUUUGAGGUCAUUUUUAUCUCUGUCAAUCGCAGCAUCACUUUGAUGGGGAAGGUGUGGCUCAUUGUGAUGAUCUUCCUCCGUAUCCUGAUCCUCCUCUUUGCUGGUUUUCCUCUCUACCAGGAUGAGCAGGAGCGAUUUGUGUGUAACACCAUCCAGCCCGGCUGUGCCAACGUGUGCUAUGAUCUAUUUUCUCCCAUCUCUCUCUUUCGUUUCUGGCUGGUGCAGCUCAUCACUUUGUCUCUUCCUUGCCUCAUCUUUAUUAUUUAUGUGGUCCAUGAGAUCUCAAAUGGCCUCACUGUGGACCUGAACUCCUCAGGUCACGUCAAAGCCUUGCCGCUGUUCAAGAUCCACCAGGAGCCAUUCAGCAAGACCUCUGAAAACCAGAUGGUGGCUGAGCGAGGGUGGGUGCGGUGCUUCACAGGAGCUUACAUCCUCCAUCUGAUGUUCAGAACCUUGCUGGAGGCAGGGUUUGGGGCAGCUCACUACUAUCUUUUUGGUUUCUACAUCCCCAGGAGAUUCCUGUGCCAGCAUACACCAUGCACUACCCAGGUGGACUGCUACAUCUCUAGGCCCACUGAGAAGACCGUGAUGCUCAACUUCAUGCUUGGUGUGGCUGCUCUGUCCCUUUUCCUAAAUGUGUUGGAUUUCUUCUGUGCCAUCAAGCGCUCUGUGACGCAGAAAGGCAAGAGGAAAAUGAUGGUGGAGAAGAUUUAUGAAGAAGAACAUUGUUUCCUUUCUGCUGGAGGAGUUUCCAGAACAACAGAACCAAAGACCCCACUGGCUCAGCAGGCUCUAGAAAUAGAGGUUGGUCAGACAGGGAGUUUCAGGAAGAGGCGAGGCAGCAAGGGCUCUAGUGGAGAAGCAGUACUUGGUCAGGAUCCACCCUGCCUGGAGCACUCCUCUCUUCCAUGCUCUCAAGGACCUCCAGGGUGCAACACCAAUGGAAACAAUGGCUACUCUGUUUCUCAAGAGGAAGCUCUGGAGAGGAAUGGCAGUGAGGUGGCUCUCUGUCCCCCAGAGCCACUAGGAACACCCAGAUCCAUUCGUGUUAACAAACGCAGUCGGCUCAAACCACCACCUCCACCCAGGCGGGACCUUGGGUCAUUUCCAGGGGGAUCAACAGGGACCAUCAGGGAAGUUUCCACAGCAACAGCAAUCUGUACCAGAAAGGUGGGUCAGUAUACACUGGUUGAGCUGGGUGGCAAUGCAGAGCUACAGACCAGCGAUGAUGGGCAAGAAAAAAGGUCAGAGUGGGUGUGA